CUGAAUCGCUCUACCGCGCCUACGGGGCCGACUAAUCGCUGGGCUACAACUGUGCCUGUUACCGCUGCAUCGAUGGGCUCCCUCUCUCUUUCGCUCGACGACCUCAUCAAGAGCGAAAAGAAGAAAAAGGCCGGCGGUCCAAAGAAUCUCAAGGGUGGAAGCGAGCGCGGCAUCAAGAAGCAGCAGCGGAAACGCAGCGUCGCAAGCACUGACAGUCCACUGGAACGCAAGGGCCGAGGCACAUUUAAAUUCAACCCGUCUCGCGGCGGGGGCGGCGGGGGCGGCGGGGGCGGCGGCGGCGGCGGCGGCGGCGGCGGUGGUGGCGGCGGCGGCGGCGGCGGCGGGAGACGCCGCGAGGAGGGCGGCGGAGAUGGCGUUUACUCUGGCUCAGGGCUCACCGGCCGCAACGGAUGGACGAAGCCUGACCCUGAAGAAACGGUCGACAAGAAGCCGCCCGCCGACCCGAGCGCUCGCUCGAGCUUGCUGCGGUGAGGAGCCUGCAUCGGCUAGGUUGGGCCCACUCGCGGAGGCGCCUCUCGCGCCUGACUCUGACAGCCAAGCGAACGCCCAGUGAGUACAGAAGGGAUUGCGGCCACUUGUGGGCUGUGCGUUGGAUGGUGCGCGCGGCCAGGGGGCGUGAGAGGUACAAUCUGUCUGCUUGUGUGUGCGACGUGCGACGUGCGACGUGCGACCGCGCUAGCUAAGAGCGCGCGUUUUUCAUGGGGCCGUGUAUGGUAUACGUACAAAACGCCAACCGUAGAGCGCGCGCGCGCUGGCUGUAUCUUAGACUCACACAAUUUGUGCACAAUCAAAACAUACAACAA